AUGGAGCCGUUUAAACCCUCGAACCCCCUCUUAUCCUUCUCAUCUUUCCUCCACCAGCAAUGCCUCCGCCUCGGGAACGAGCUCGCCACUAAGCUGGGCGACACCUCAAGAGCCCUAUCCACCGCCUUCCCUCCGCCGGCGGCCACUGUCCGAAGGUUCCAUCCGCCACUGUUCGCCUCAGUUUCUCAGGCGAACCAGCAGCAACCGCCGCCGGCGCUUAGCACCAAUUACGUGGCGAAAAGGCUCACCGGCACGACUCUGUACACCGUGAGCAAUACGAACAACGAGUUCGUCCUCAUUUCGGAUCCUGAUGGAGCUAAGUCCAUCGGAUUGCUCUGCUUCCGCCAGGAAGACGCCGAAGCAUUUCUGUCUCAGGUGCGAUUGCGGAGAAAGGAAUUAAGAAGUGCGGCGAAAGUGGUGCCUAUUACUCUUGAACAGGUCUACAUGCUGAAGGUCGAAGGCAUUGCAUUCAGAUUUUUGCCAGAUCCUGUCCAAAUUAAGAACGCAUUGGAGCUGAAAGCUUCUGAUGUAAGGAAUGGUUUUGAUGGAGUUCCGGUUUUCCAGUCAGAUCUUUUGGUAGUGAAGAAGAAAAACAGGCGGUUCUGCCCCAUAUACUUCCAAAAGGAAGACAUAGACAAGGAACUGGCAAAGGUUUCAAGGGCAUCGAGAGGCGUGCCUCAUAAUAUAAUGGUGGGAAGCCUAGAAGAUGUUCUGAGAAAAAUGGAGACAAGUGAGAAGAACUCAGGAUGGGAAGAUUUGAUUUUCAUUCCACCUGGUAAAUCCCAGUCCGAACACAUUCAGGAAAUAACCAAAUCAUAG